AUGGCACAUGUUCCAAAUUGCCGGGGAUUAGGAUUAGAGCCAGAACUAAUAUUUUAUACUAAAAGCCGGGGAAGAUUUGAAGAAGACAUUCUAAUGGAGUGCAUUUUGUGUGGAAAAUCCAUUGAUGGAUUACAAGACGAAUCGGUAGUACACAAACCAACAAAACAGGGUCUACAAACCAUCUGUAGUGCUGCUGAAAAAAGACAGGAUACUUCUGGAAUACGAAUUUUAGAAAAAAAAUACGCUAUUUUAGAUGGAACUUUAAAAGUAAAAUUUCAUAAAACUUGCAGAAAAACGUAUACUAGUAAUAUGAAUAUUGCUUCUGCCACCACCAGUGAAACCGAUGAUCUAUUAAACCAGGCAACUGCUUGCUCUAAAACCACCAGAAGUCACACUGGUUCCUUUGAUAUAAGAAGUAUGUGUUUAAUCUGCAACAAAACUGGACCCAGAAAAAUUAGGCAAAAGAAGGAAAAAUUAACUUCGGUACAAACAGGAAACUAUAUUUUAUUUGAAAAAUAUGGUAAUAAGUUACCUAGAUGUAGUGAGAUAAGAACAAAUAGUAUCUAG